GUUGAAGUGCACUGGGAAGGUUGUGCCUAGUGUCUGGUGGUGUGUUUGCUUGCAUGUUAUCGGCGGUGACAAGACAGUCAAGUCGAUGAUACAUUCCCCAGGAAGAUGACGGAACUUCUGAUACCAGCACCUGUCACUCCUCCAAGGGGUGACACGUUCACACGCCGACUGCUUGAAGGGUACAGACCUUCCGUUGUGCCGCGUUACAACAGAUCAGAAGAUAAUUUCUCUACAGAACUGAAACAUAGCAAAAGUGACGAUCUAGUGCUUCAGAGCCCACCUUUGAUACAGACGGAAAUAAAACAACGAUGUGAUUCUCCGAUACCGAAGACAGCGAGUGUUGUGUAUGAAGAUGAUUUAGUGUCUACACAUGUUCUUCCGAAAGCGAAGUAUUUCAGUGACAGUGAAGCAGAUGUGGAUUUCCGACCUAGUCCCGCAGAUAGGGCUGCCCGUAAGGCGUCUGUCGAACUUGCAUCAGAUUUGCAACGAUGUGUCAGUCGACAUGUGGGCCUUUACGACCGUGUUGAUCCUGAAGACAGUAUUCGGGAUAUGAUAACAGAAAACGAUUUUUAUAGAUUUGUGUUGUUCAAGAGACAUUACGACAAGUACUUACAUUUAUCUCAAAAGUACGAAGAAGCCAGAAACAUCGCCUACUACUUGGAGGAGAAAUAUCACGAGAUAAAGAACUCUUCGCCGUAUGGAGAUACACUAAAGGCGGAGCGAGAUGGACUCAGCGCGGCGCGAAUGGAGCUGGAGCGGAAGCUGGAGUCUCGCGAGCUGGAGCUGCACGAGAAGGAGGAGGAGCUGUUCCUCCAGCUGGAGAGGGUCGUGCGGCUGGAGGAGGACUGCGAGAAGUUGCGGACUGAAAAGGAGAAAUAUGAACAAUGGAAAGACCAGCUGGAGAGGGAGAAGAACGAGGCCUACAGACAGCUGAAGCGGCAGGCGAUGGAGUCGGAGGCGACGCGGCGCGGGCUGGAGCGCGCGCGCCAGGAGGUGGUGCGCCAAGUGACGGCCAUCGCGGCCGAGAAGGACAGCCUCGAGAGGGAGAAUGAGAAACUCAAGGAGACCCUGAAAGAAGAAAGGAAGGGCGUUGGUCACUAUUUGGUUGAUCUAUCUCAGCAGAAGAAGCGGAUUAGUCAAAAUGUUUGUGGCUUGGAGAAGGAAGUUUCAGAACUGAAAUUCAUUGCCCGGCAGAGUGCAUCACUGAACAACCAAUUCAAGAAGGGGAUGAAGCAUCUGGCCACUUGUAAAAGGAAGAAAUGUUCUGUCUGCGUGUACACCAAGGCGACAUUUGGCGAAUAUGCAGACCGAAAUGACAGGAAGCUGCUGUCGUGCUUCCAAGCGCCGCUGCAGGACCUGCGCAACUGGAUCCGGCCAGUGCCACUGUCUGCGAGCUGCUCGGAGGAUGAGGGUGCGUCGUGCCCUCAGCUAUCACGUGAAGGGGCACGGGCCAUGGCUGGCAGCAGCCGCAUGCGCACACGCAGUGGUGGCUCUGGUGGUGCUGGCUACCCACUGGGCCUGCCACUGCCGUCGCCACUGCCCUCCACGCGUUCAGAGUACUCCUUCCGGCGUGCUUACUCGCCAGAUGCCGACGCCGACGAGACUGGCAGCUCACCGUCACCGACACCGUCACUUCCAGCGGAGGCAGACGCGUCUAGACGGGUAGCUGCGGGACUAUCGGAGACAGUGUCAUCGUGUGCGGCCACACCGUGCUCUGAUGUAGCGGGUGUUGCUGGUACCAGCACCGGCUAUAUCUCUUACAUUGACGAAGCUAGCUCAGAAGACGAAGGUGAUGAUGACUCUGGCAGUGACUCGGGCCGUGGUUGUGAUGACUUUUUUGACGGCUUCCCACGUGGACGACACUGUUGCUUACACCGCAGCCGCCAACAACACCAUCCACGUCGCCGCUGCUCAGCCUCGGUGCCUGCUGAUGUAUCUUUGACUUCUGCGUCUUCUGCUGACCCCGGUGGUGGCAACGGUGUCAGUGUUGCAGGAGUGGGCAGCUCAGGAGGUGGGGCAAGGGCCUUCUCAUCUGACUCGGGCUUUUCAUCAGAACUAUUUGAGACGAGUGGACACAGUGCAGGAGCACUGUCUGUGGGCCACAGGUCACUCCAUGCUGUGCAUGAUGGCUCCGAUCGUCCUCCCGCCCUGCAUCGCUCCAAGUGGACCUCGUCAUUUCGCAAACUCAUUAAUAAGGUAUCAAAGAGGUAAGAGCCUACUAGCCCACCACACAGAAUUUUGCACCUUUCAAUCAGAGGAAUGUGGGUGAAACAGUAAAUUGGUAUCAGAUUGUCAGCAUAUUGAAAUAAUGACAUGUGCUGGGUGUUUUGGGCAGGAUAUUUAAUGGCUCCAGUGGAAGAUCUAAGAUGCUGGUAACACACCAGUGUACUCCAUUCUCAUGUCUGCUUUGCCAUCAGUGGUUCAUCCCCGUAAAGAAAUGGUCAGGUGCUAAGUGGAGGCAUCCGUUGAGAGACAACAUAAAUUUACCAAUGCAGGCUCUUUACCAGUAGCAAAUUGGAAAAAAAGGAUCACAUACUUGCCAGAAUGCCUUGAUUUUUCACACAGAUACUGUGUUUUUCAGUGUGGUAUUCUUUCUUCAAUGGCCACUGUGUGAUAAGUAAUAACUAUUGCAGUUACAUCCUGCUCCAAUGGAAAGAAAGUUCUUUUUGUCUGUAAAAGAUAGUGUAGACUUUGAAGUACUCUCCCUCAUUUCCUUUCAUGUGGACAGACCUGUAAGGACAUUGACUGUUUGGAUGUGCCUAAUAUUCUUUGCAUGUCUGAUUGCUAAAGUUACACAGCUACAUACAAGAUGAGUCAAAAAGGACAUUAGAACUUUGGAACGAUAUAAAAAUUUAUUGAGAAAACUUACAGAAUUGGUAGAUGUCAUUUUGUAGCAAACAACCUCAAGUUUCAUGUAAAAGUGUCAAGUGUCAUUUUGGUUUGGUGUGAUUACCAUUAGUGAUGUGGCAAAGAUCCCACUGGUAAUCAAUGUCUUCCACACUCGUUGCAGCAGAUCCAGCAUAACUUAUACAACUGAAGCACAAAUUUGAUUUUUCAGACGCGCAAAAUUGUUUGGUGGUGGGGGAACAUAUACACAGUCUUUAAUGAAACCCCAGAGAAAGAAAUCCACUGGUGUCUAGUUGGGGAGUGAGGUGGCCAUGCGAUUGGCCCUGCGAGGCCAGUGCACUGACCCGGAAAGCGAUUAUCAAGGAAAUGUUGAACUUUCAUGGGGAAAUGAAGUGAUGAACUGUCUUGCUGGGGUAGACCAUCCCAUGUCAUCAUUGAUCUGUGGAACAGCUGUUGCAGAGUUUGUUUCAUGAAACCAAAACACACUGCGAGCACGCUCCAAACCAGUGAAAGUAGCCAUUUUAACUGUAACUUGAGGUUGUUUGCUACAAACUGACUCAUCUACCGAUUCUAUUAGUGAUCUCAAUAAAUUUCUAUAUCAUUCCAAAGCUGUUAAGUCCUUUUUGACUCAACCCUGUACUGACUGUCACAGUGCAUAAUUGGUUCAGUGGUAGUUAUUUUGCUUGCAGAAUCAGUUUUUUCGAAUGAAUCAGGUAUGUACUUUUGAGAGUGUGAACACCGACUCAUUAUUAAUAUGACAGGUAUUUCUUAGUAUGACUGGGAAAGAGUUUGAUUUGCAGUAGCAGAGUUUUUAAUGUUGAUUGGAGAGUUUGUUGUUCUCCAAUACAUGAAUUUGUGACAAGCCCCCUAAUUAGAAGGAAAAAAGAUUCCUUAGAUAGGCCUAUCUGCGAAUCCAGGUUGGAAUAGGAUUGUACUGUCGUGGUUUUGGGGUUUGUUAUUUGAGCAUUGUUAUUUGAGUAUUAUGCAUAAUCAUUUUCUCAGUGUGUUACACAGCACUUCCCACUGUGUUCAGGUAUUUAAACUGGGAAAUUUUUGCUGGAAUCGGAUGAGGUUCAUUUAUGGGAUAAGAAUGAUGAGAAAGUGUGACAUUUUGUCAGUCCCUAUAAGCUAGUGUUCCAUAGAGAUGGUUAAGUGAAGUUUUACUCCUUUGUGUGUACAGCAAACAAGUGGCAUUGUCUGCUUCUAGUCUGGUGGAUUUUAUAAAAAUAUUUUGUCCCAAAGUGUAUUACUUAAAUAUGAGGUUUACAGUUUACUGGCACUGUCAUAUCCAGGUCCAAUGUCCUUGCAGGUCUGUUUACAAAUAAGUGAAUGAGUAUCAUGAUCUUUCAUGAGAGCAAAGACUGUGUUAAUUCCAUGAAAAAAUUUUCAUGUUACACAGAAAAGACUACCUGAGUUUGUUCACUCUAAUUUUUAAGACACUCUCCCCACCAGCAAUUAAAAGUUUGCUCAGUAGCAGAAUGCAUUUUUAAGUUUGACAUGCCUAAUAUUAUGCAGUCUCCCCUAUUUUGAUGUUGUCCCUGUUUUGGAAACAAAAGAUAAUUUUACUCUGUUAUUUGAAAUUUUUCUCUGUUUUUUAAAAGUGUGAUCUGAUAUGUUGUUUUAUUUAAUAAUCAUAUCUGUUCAUUGCUAUAAGUGAAAGAGAAACAUUUUUCCAUGAAGCAAAUACAGACACUAAAGGCAGUUCCUUUUGUGAAAUAAGUGUAUUAUUACAGCUGGAAUAAAGGCUGUUUAAAUGUUUCUAGGUAUUUGUGUAGGCUCUGCUUUUUCUUUGCAGUAGUUUUUGUUAUCAACAGUAUUAAUCAUUGUUAUGAUUAGUGAUAAAACGAAUAGUACUUAAUUGAUACUGUAGAAUUGACCAUAAUUGUACUUAAUUAGUUUCAGCCUUAAAGUUUCCAAACUUCUAAGAUAUAAUUCUGAGCAUUAACAAAAUAUGACAGAUUUGAGCACAAUUUCACCUUGUAUUACUCCAAUUAACACAUCAUAGUAUUACAUUCAGUUUUUUUGUCUUGUGAAAGAGGAGAGAUUUUGUUAACUUGUGCUGUGUUUCCAAGUAUUCACUAAAAGUUUUGUAAUAUUGAUUGUCUUGGGAUACAUUGAUUAAUAGUUGACCUUACCAACCCACAACUGUACAAAAAAUUGGAAAGGCCAUUCUGACUAAAUGCAAAGAUUGUGCCUAAAUCAAUAGCAUCAUGAAAAAUUAAAACUUAAUUUGGAAAUUUAGAAAUAAUUGACCUUAGGAAUUGGAGCAAAUGUUUUUCACUCAGCGCUUCUCAUACCUUAUGCCAUUUGUUAUAGUCUCAAAUGCCUUCAUCUUUUUAAUUUUGCAGUUUUGAAUUGGACUACAUGGUUGAUUUUUUCCACUUGAGGGAGAAUUUAAUGUGUAAAUGUGUUGUUUGGAUAAUGCAUAAAUAUUUGCAAGAGGGUCAGUAGGACUGUUGUCCAUUACUGUUCCAAAAUUUUUAGAAUUACUGAUCAGUUUCUCGCUGAAUAAAAGAGAGUGCUGAGUCUACUUUUAGUAACAGGUGGCUUGUUAUUAAGAUUAAUAUUUAAAACUUAGUAAGAUAUAGUUUCAUAGUUUUUCCAACAAUGUUCUUAGGUUCAUUGUCGGUUAUAAAUAUUUUAUUGUAAAUGAAAACAGAGUAAGAUUUCAAAACAUUAAACAACAGUUAAUACAAAGAAACAUACAAAACUUAUACACUACUAUUUAUUACUGGAACUGUAUUUAUUAUUAUUAAUUUUAGAAUGUUUAAAUUUGUCAGAAGGUAUGUUGUUUUAGUAUAACCUGGUUAUUUGUUGGACUCCUGAGCAUAUCAUUUGGUGGAUGGUUUCACUUUCCUCAGGUAUGCAGACUGAUUAUUGAUAUGAUAACAAAACAAUAAGUGGUCUCCACAAUCAAAGUUUGCACAUUUAGUGCAGAAAAACCUGAAGGAAGAUUAUUUACUUCUUGCCAUUCCAUAACAGUGAACAGUUUAUUUCACAGUAUUAUAAGAAGCAGCCUAAGAAUGAUAAAAUUCUAUGAAGGGUAUUACAGUUUUAAUUAUGGGGAAUUGUUAUCUACUUUUUUAUACUUUGAUUUCUGUUGCAGGAGGCAUCAAAUAUUAAUAGUAUUAGUAUUAGGAAUGUUCAUACAAUGAAUGUUACUCAGUAAAGUGUCCUUAGUGAAUUGUUGUGGUUGAAACUGUGUAUUUUUUGUAUGUAAUUAUAGUGUGGAGGGAAAACAUAGAUAUGUAAUACUUAAUGGGUUAUAGAUUUUUUGUAACUUAUCAGAUAAUGUAUAAAAAGAAUUAGGAGAAUGAAUACAUGUGUACAGGACUGCUAUGUAGCAGUUAAACACAUAUUGAUUUUUGUUUUCCAUGAUAAAACAUUGUGCUCAUUCUGGUUACUGGAAUGAAAGUUUUUUAAGUGACAUGUAUAUAUACCAUUUCUGUAUCUGAUUUGUGAACAAGUAAAGAAAGAUGCUGGAUAUUAUUUAAGACAGGCUCAUUUCCUAAUGAUCAACUUUGUCAUUAUGGAUAAUGAUCAUAGUACUGUGAGGGCACUUUAUUAAGUUUAUGAUUUGUUUUCUUAUUCAUUGCAUCACUGUGCACGUGGAAUAAAGACAUUGCACAACUCUCUCCCAACAAAAUAAAUAGUAGCAAUUUUUUAAAGGCAAAUCAGCACAAUAUCGAAUGAUUCCAAGGUCAUAAGCUUCUGCUAGGAUAUGCAUUAAAAUACACAAAACACCUGUCUGGGUAAGUGUGUAUUCCACAUUGAAAUAUGUGGAUCUAUUGAAUAGAAGACUGUGAUGUAAAGUGAAUACAACAGAACACCAGCUUAUGUCUCGCCUUACAAACUUUCAGAAAUCAAAAGAGAAGACCGAUUAAAAAUAUCACACACACAUACAUAAUUACUGAAAAUACAAAUUCAGUACUCUUCAAGCACUUGUUAAUAUGCUUUACUGUUAGCAAGUGACUGAAUCUUGUUCUGACAGAAAUUUAUGAUACUCGCAACACCUUACUUACCCCACAACCUAAUAUACAACUCGUUUAAAAUGUUCAGUGAAAUGUGACAAAAUCCACUGUAUUGAUAACUCUGUGAAGCAAAAGAAAUUUAAGAUAUAAUUUUACUGCAUUUGUUUAUUUAAUGCAAGGAUAGGAUUUAUAAGUGGACAUUAACAGCAACAUAUAUCAUUACAGCAUACAGUUGGCAAACAGUUACAAACACUUUAGGUAACCGGAAGCACACGUGGCAACAGAAAUUAUUCAUAAGCACCAAAUGCAUAUCUGUAUUCAGAAUGACACUCGGUUUGUCUUUUUAACAGUGCAAGUGUAUUGUGUACUUUUUUUAUGGUGAAAAAUUGAAUUGUAGGCAAAAAAUUGUAUGUCAUAAGAAUGAUAUUUAAGUGUAUCAAUGUUGUGUGCUGAAUCCUUAAAAAGUGAGUAAAAUGUAACUAUCCUUUCUUUAUUCCACGUAACAGAGAUUACAUAUCGUCUCUGAUGUCUCAACAGGUUGAGACUUUCAGAGUAUCUUGUAACAACAUAAUUCUUUCUAUAACUGACUUUUCUUUGUUCCAGUAUUCUAAUGAACACAGCACUGAAGACUAUAACAUCUUAAAAAUCAUUUGAUGCAUGUCAUAUAAACAUCCGACAUUUAUCAUUUAAAUUUUCAUACCAUUUAAUACGUUGCCUGUCUGUCACAUGUGAAAGUAAACCGUGGAUGCAUGUAAUUGUUCAGAGGAUCGUAUUUUCUUAUCAGUGCCUUUUGGUUGUCACUGGGAGUCAAUUAACUUGUUUUGGACUUUUAAGCUCUAUGUCUACAGUACCCAUUAUGCAGAGCCUGCUUUAAUUCUGGAUUUGUUUUGGACAAAACAGCUUUGUGUUACAAGUAUCAGCCAGGUAACUGAGAAAAUCUCAAACUUGUGUAACAAAACUAAAUGAAUUAAACACUAUUUUCAUACAACAAGGUUAAUUUCGCAGAGGUAUCAUGCUGUAUUGCUACUCACUUUCGUCACAAAUAAAUGCUCUUAUAUGUUGCUCUGUUAUGCAGAUGUGCUUCCAAAUUCAUUGUAUAAUACUGUUUUGUUUGUAAGAUGUGUUUAUGCUUUUUUAAUUUUUCAAUAUUAUUUUAACUUUGUCGUGUCCUUCCCUUUCUACACAAAAGUCAAAAUUAGUCACUUAAUUUCAAAUAUUAUUAUUUUUUAUCUCUGCAACUAUAAUAAAGUCCUUAAUGGGUAAAAGUGAGUAAGCAAACUUAAUUUAUGAGUUAUUUGCCUUACAAUGCACAGAUCAAAAUGAUGUAUGAAGAGGUUACUAGACUGAUGGCAAUUUUCACAUGAGGCAUCUGUGAGAUCUACGUUUGGUGGUAAAAAUUAACAUUGCAUUCUCAGGAGGCAAAUGAUGUAUCUCUUUAUUUUAUUGUUUUCUUUUCAAGUACAAGAUUAUUUUUGUCUGUCUGAGUUAUAUCAUUUUUUUAUUGUAUUGACAAAUGAAAAUACAUGGAAAAUAAGCAUU